CUUCCCUUCCCUGCCGGCUGCGCGGUUCCUUUAAGAAUCGGCCUACGUGGCACAGCCCAGGCAAGGCAAGGCAAAGGCGAGGCGAGCGCAAAAGCGGUUCCGCCACUUCCUUGGGCAAUCGCGGCGGGGGCGGCAGCAGCAUCUCUCCAACCAGCCGUGGGGGGCGGCGGCGGCUGCCUACAAAUCGUCUUUCCCAGCAGAUUUUGCCCCCCCCCUUGCCCCCCAGGAAAGAAACCAUCAAUAUAAAGCCAGCCAGCCAGCCAAGCCAUGGGGCAAAACGACCUGAUGGGCAGCGCCGAAGAUUUUGCAGAUCAGUUCCUACGGGUGACGAAACAGUACCUUCCCCACGUGGCCCGGCUGUGCCUGAUCAGCACCUUCCUGGAAGACGGGAUUCGCAUGUGGUUCCAGUGGAGCGAGCAGAGGGACUACAUCGACAGCACAUGGAACUGCGGCUAUCUCCUGGCCUCCAUCUUUGUCUUCAUUAACCUCUUCGGGCAGUUAAGCGGUUGCAUUCUUGUGCUGAGCAGGAAUUUUGUUCAAUAUGCCUGCUUUGGAUUAUUCGGAAUUAUUGCAUUACAGACAAUUGCAUACAGUAUUUUAUGGGACGUGAAGUUUUUGAUGAGAAAUCUUGCCCUGGGAGGGGGUUUACUGCUGCUGUUGGCGGAGUCUCGGUCGGAAGGGAAAAGCAUGUUCGCGGGGGUACCGACCAUGCGGGAAAGCUCCCCAAAGCAAUACAUGCAGCUGGGAGGACGGGUGCUUCUAGUCCUCAUGUUUAUGACCCUCCUGCAUUUAGACGUUAGUUUCUUUUCGAUCCUGCAGAACCUGGUGGGCACGGCGUUGAUCAUCCUGGUGGCCAUCGGAUUCAAAACCAAACUGGCGGCCUUAACUUUGGUCAUCUGGCUCUUUGCCAUCAACCUGUAUUUCAACGCUUUCUGGACUGUCCCAACUUACAAACCCAUGCACGAUUUCCUGAAAUACGACUUCUUCCAGACCAUGUCGGUCAUCGGAGGCCUGCUUCUCGUGGUGGCCUUGGGUCCCGGCGGCGUCUCCAUGGACGAGAAGAAGAAGGAAUGGUAGAGAAGAACGGAGGAUGAGGAGGGGGGGGAAAAAUAAGCGACACAGCAUCUCAGCAUCUGGGAACUGACUUCACAGUUUUGGGAAUUGAAAACCAAACAAAACUGGCAUCAUUUUUUUUUAAUAGAGGUGCCUCUGUUUUUCUCUCCCUUUUUAAAGGCGCAAUCUCUUUUCAUGUUUGUUUCUUUUUAAAAUGUUGCUUUAGUUCACGACUGCGCUGAUCGUCAUCCCGAUUCAUGGAUGAUUCUUCAUUCGAGAACGUUUUUGGGGUUUUUUAUUUUUUUCUCUUGCACUGUUUUCCUCUCUCCUAUAAUCUUCUGCAAAAUUGGAACGAAAACAGCAGCUGCCUUGGCUGCGUCUCUCUGCCAGGGUUAAAAUUUCUUUUUGGCAACUGUGUUUUUGUUUUUAAAUUUUAAACUACUGUGAUCCGAUAAACCUUUGCUGUGUACUUUUCCAGUGUGA